GGUCGCAGUUUUUCACAAUCCAUUUCAGCAAUCAUACGUUUUUUGAGCUUCAUUCAAUUUGUUUGGGCUGUGGUGUGAUUUUUCUGGCGCACACGCGUACAACAACAUAAAUUGUGGUUGGGAUUUUAUUUAGUGUUUUUGAUAAUGCAGUGUUAAAUUACAUAAAUAAGAAGUUACCAAAUUUUUAGUGUAAAUUGCUUUUAUCACAUGUACACAAUCGUUAUGUGUAUACAAGCAUUUUGAAACGAAUAAAUUCAUGCGCCAUACAACCAAAUACAUAUAUUAAUUUCGCAAUAUACUCACGAGUAUUAAUUAAAUAAAGCAAUAAUUGAGCUAUAUAAUAUAAUCCCUUCAAUUACAUUCAUUGCAUCAGUACCAACAAUAUCAAUGCGCUGAGGGUAGUAAGUGAAUUAGGUAAACACGGAAAUCAACAAAUAGAAACAAUUGAAUAUUAAAGUGAAACAAAGAAAAUACAUCAAUAUAAUUUACAGUGUGUGUGCGGGAAAAGAGUCAAUCGUCAUUUCGAGAGCGUGCUCUAAAGCGUAUCAGCAUUCGUUGAGCGAGUGGAACAGUGUCUAAAUAAAAGUCAUAUUUAUUAAAUAAAUUUUGAUGGAGUUUGAAAAUACGCAAUUUAUUGAAGCUGCUGCUGCAGCGUCUGCAACAACAAGCAUUGCAAAAGAUAUACCUGCCUCCGAGCACAUGCAAUCCGGUUCCGGCCGCUUAUUGCCCAAUGGCAAUGAAUCGACGACAACUGCAGCCACACAAUCAGCGUCCAACGCCACAUUGGAGAAUAAACAAAACCCCCCGAAAAUGCAAAAACAGGCAAUGUCUGCGGAUGAACGAAAUGCAACAAAACGAUCUCUAGUCAUACUGGCUGCGAUCUUUGUAGCCAGCUUAUUCGCAAUGGGCUACGUAUACAUGAUAUUCCCCGAAUUGAAUGAAUCGGAAAAGCAGCACAUUAAGAUACCGCGUGACAUUCAAGACGCUAAAAUGUUAGCCAAGGUUCUGGAUCGUUACAAGGACAUGUAUUACUUUGAAGUGAUGUUUGGCGUCGUUACUGCUUAUGUAUUCCUACAAACCUUUGCCAUUCCAGGAUCACUAUUCCUAUCCAUACUCUUAGGAUUCCUCUACAAGUUUCCCAUCGCACUCUUUCUCAUCUGCUUCUGUUCAUCAUUGGGCGCUACGCUGUGCUACAGCCUCUCGAAUUUGGUGGGUCGCCGGCUGAUACGCCAUUUCUGGCCGAAGAAGACAAACGAAUGGUCCAAACAUGUGGAGAAGCAUCGCGACAGCCUCUUCAACUAUAUGCUCUUCCUGCGCAUGACACCCAUUUUGCCGAAUUGGUUCAUCAACUUGGCAUCGCCAGUCAUUGGUGUGCCCGUGUACACGUUCGCCUUGGGCACCUUCUUCGGCGUGGCACCACCAUCGAUUGUCGCCAUACAAGCGGGCAAGACAUUGCAGAAGAUGAGCAGCUCCAGUGACGCGUUCUCAUGGACUUCAAUGGGUUUGCUAUCGGUUUGUGCAUUGAUCUCACUGCUGCCGGGUUUGCUGAAGAACAAGCUGAAAAAGAAGGUCGAGUAAGGGGUGGCGGCGUCAGCUGUGAGAACGGGGAUUGGUUUACUAAACGGCGGGGUCAGUGCGACUAACUGGAGUGGAGGCGAGUGCGUGAUUUUAGGUUAUUGGUUGAUUGUCGUUUAUUUUAAGUGCGUGCGUUAAGAGAUAAGAAAAUGUUUAAAAAAAAAAACAAAAAACAAAAGCAAAAUGGCAUUGUAAAUUCGAACGUAGUUGCACGUGUGUAUGUAUAUUUUUUAUUUCUUUUUUUUUUUUUGUUAGAAUAAUAUUAGCGCUAUGUACAAGCUAGGAAUUCACGUAUGCCUACACAUGGGUACACACAAAAUAAUUGAAAUGCUACAAUUUAUUGCCUAUUUGCCUUGUACGUGUAUGUGCAAAUGUAUGUAUGUAUGUAUAUAUAUAUUAUUCCAAUAAUAAUUUAAGCGGCUACAAAUUGUAAGUUAGUUAAAUUUUAAUUUAAAUUAUUUAUUAGCAAACUCUAGCACUUAAAUAGAUUUGCAGUAUUCCAAUUACUUUGUCUUUUCCCCUUUAAACGUUUAAAUAACGAAUUGCUCUAGUUUAUUUAUACUAUAUUCCAUAUAUGCUAUGCUUAAAAUCUCUUUCCAAAUAAUUUCACUUUUUUUUUGCAUUAGAAAAUGUAUUAAUAAAAAAGACAUGCUCGCAAGCUUGUCGUCACAUGAAAUGAUUUUCCUAAAUACAACAUUUUUAUUAAAUUUAAGUGUCAAUAUAAAUUAAGUAACCCAAUGGUAUGCAAUAUGUGUAAAUGUUAAUAGAUAAUUAAACACGAAUUGGUCUAAGUACACUUUUAAAAUUGCCAUAAAUGCAUAAAAUCGGAUUGUGGAUCGACCGAACAUAUUUUUUUUUGAAAUUCUUUUCAACACUUCCAAAAGUUGUACUAGAGACCGGAAAUGAUUAUUUAAUGUUUCAUUAAAACGGUAUAAGUGAUUUGCUAAUGUAUUAAAAACACCAUAAUACUAGUAUGUAUAUGUAUGUAUAAUUAUAUAGUUGCAAAUUAUUCCACAAAAUAAAAUAGAAUUUUGAAAAAGCAUAA